UUUCCGUCUCGGGACUGCGGGAAGUGCCCAGCGAAAGAGGACAAGUCAUACUGGACAGCGGAGCCUUGAAAGACAGCCGAAUAGGGAGUCGCAGCGCUUUAUUCGAAGGGGGCAGUUAAUUUAUUUAAAAACAAACAAAAAAACAUUUUCAUUCUAGCAUUGCAAAAAGGCCUUCGGAUAUGGGCGACAAGGCGGGGACCAGAGUCUUCAAGAAGUCCAGCCCUAACUGCAAGCUCACAGUAUACUUGGGGAAAAGGGACUUUGUGGAUCAUCUAGAUCAUGUGGACCCAGUUGACGGCGUACUGUUGGUUGACCCGGAAUACCUUAAAGACAGAAAAGUGUUCGUGACUCUGACAUGUGCCUUCCGCUAUGGCCGUGAAGACCUGGACGUGCUGGGCCUGUCCUUCAGGAAAGACCUGUACAUGUCCACCUUCCAGGCCUUUCCACCGCUGCCGGAGGAGCGCAAACCCCUGAGCCGCCUGCAGGAGCGGCUGCUCAAGAAGCUCGGCCAGCAUGCGCACCCCUUCAACUUCACCAUUCCUCAGAAUCUCCCGUGUUCAGUCACUUUACAGCCAGGACCAGAAGACACAGGCAAGGCGUGUGGUGUGGACUUUGAGAUCAGAGCUUUCUGUGCCAAAUCUGUGGAGGAGAAGAUUCACAAAAGGAACUCGGUACGACUGGUAAUCCGUAAGGUGCAGUAUGCUCCUGAGAAGCCAGGCCCUCAGCCCAUGGUGGAGACCACCCGGAGCUUCCUCAUGUCUGACCGUUCCCUUCACCUGGAGGCCUCACUCGACAAAGAGCUCUACUACCACGGAGAACCCAUCAGUGUCAACGUCCAUGUCACCAACAACUCCACCAAAACUGUCAAACGAGUCAAAAUCUCAGUGCGACAGUAUGCCGAUAUCUGUCUGUUCAGCACUGCACAGUACAAAUGCCCUGUGGCUCAGGCUGAGGCAGAUGAUCAGGUGUCACCCAGCUCCACGUUCUGUAAGGUGUACACACUCACCCCCACACUCAACAACAACAGAGAAAAGAGGGGUCUGGCCCUGGACGGCAAACUCAAACACGAGGACACCAAUCUAGCCUCCAGCACCAUUGUGAAGGACAUAUCCAAUAAAGAAGUUCUGGGAAUCUUGGUGUCCUAUAGAGUCAAAGUUAAACUGGUUGUGUCCCGUGGAGGUGAUGUGUCUGUGGAGCUCCCCUUUGUCCUAAUGCACCCUAAACCCUCCGAGCAGCCCAACUCAAGACCGCAGUCAGCUGUGCCAGAGACAGAUGCCCCUGUGGACACCAACCUGAUAGAGUUUGAGACAAAUAAUUUCUCUCAGGACGAUGACUUUGUGUUUGAGGACUUUGCGCGGCUGAGGCUGAAGGGGAUGAAGGAUGAUAAGGAUGAGGAUGACCACUUCUGCUAACCGCCCCCCCCCCCCACACACACACACACCUUCAUGCGUGCUCUCCCUCCACCCAGGCAGAAAAUGGAGGCACUCAAGAGGAGAGCCACACCCAGACCAGAGGGCCAACGCAUGGAAGUUCUACCAAACCGUCGUUCUACUGGGCUACUCCGACAAAGUGGGACACUCGCUGAGUUUCCAGACCUUUUUUCCCUGUUGACUUUGUCCUGCCCCAAACAUUCCCCUUUGCAUCUGUGAUGCUGUUGUCUGUAGACAUUUUCUUUUCUCUUUUUCUUAUUUUGCAAGCUACUCUGUUCUAGCGUGCGUGUGAAACAGAAGGGAAGAGAAAGAUGUAAAGUGAAGUGGGCUGUGUGGUCAGUCAUUGUCUAGGAAAUGUCCUUGGAAAGAAAGUCCAUUAAUUCAGGGCUGAUUUUUCUUUUAUCUUUUUCAUUCGUCUUCUUAUUUACAUAAUUUGUGUCCCACUAGAAAUCUGAGUGGGCAUUAAAAGCUUUGUAAUAAUGGUAAUAUACAGUAUGUAUCAUGUUCAGUGUAAGGUGAUUACAUCUACCACAUAUAUAGUGAUCUUGAGUUAAAAAUGUAUUUUAUUACUUUGUCAUCUCCAGACUUGCAGAGCACCAAAAUAUUUUUUUCUUCAACUGUCUUUGCUCUGCCAUUUUAUUUUAGAUUUAUGUAAAAAUAUAUGCAUAUAGCAGGAGUCAGUAACAUGAACAGGCAUUACUGUUUAUUGCCAUUAAUAAACUACUCGGUGAUGUUCAGGUUGGCACAUUGUAAUAGUCAGCAAAGAACCACAUUAGAGGACAAACCUCCAGAUUUACUGUUGUACCUCUAGCUAUGCUGCGUUUGUGAUAACGAUAGAACAUUGUGUCCUCGGUAUGACCUGGGUGGUUGGCGUAACCAGAGACAAAGACACUGGGUGGUUCUGCCUGCAGGUGCCUGUUGCUACUGUAAAUUUACGAUGCUUUUAGAACUCGUCAUUAGGAGCCACUGCGGCACGGUUCUUUGCACUUUUAUUUGACAAAAGCACACCUUUGCCAUUUUAGUUCAGCCUGCUGAAGCAGGGUAGUUGGGUUGGGCUGCCCAAAGAAGUCGUUUAACUAAAAGUUAUUUUCAGGUGCCAAUUCUCAUCAUUUCCAAGAAGCUGACUUACUCUGGUUUUUGUGCUUAUGCCGCUGGGAAUUUGUUUUUAAUGAUUUUAUUAAUGCCAGUCCUGAGUUCAUUUACACCACACACUGCCACAUUUAGACUAGAGUUAUAUAAACCUGUCCGGGGAAUAUUCAGCCUACUGAUUUGUGUCUGUGUCAAAAGCAGUUUUAUUUAUGUUGUGUGUCUUAUGUCUGUAUACCAAUGUCAGUAUGCAUGUUCAUACACAUGGGAGUGUGACUAUUUUGCACCCCCUUGUCUCAAUAAGAAGUGCUUAGCCUUGGUCUGCCAUAUGAUUGGUUGUUUUAUUUGGAAAGCGUUUUUAACUGUCCUCAUUCUGCUAUUAAUUAUAUUAAUUGGUUGUUGAUUGACCUUUGACUUGCAUCGUUACACACGGGCAAUAAUCAAAACCACUGAAAAUGAACCAGGUAAAUUACUGUAUUCACCCAUUAGCUUAGCCAUUGAUAUACCGUAUUGAGGUGUUUAUGUACAUAGCUGCACACAAAUUUAACCUGCUGUUGGUAUAUUUCUCAGAUGUUCUUGGAUUCCCUUUAGUUGAUGUUUAGAACCUACACAAUACUAGGUAAUUAAUAAAGGACCUUCUUUGAACUUGCAUUUUGCAGAUUAGAAAGUAGUGCACUGUAGUGUAAAGUAGUGCACUAUAGUGUAAAUCAGUGCAUUAUAGUGUAAAGAAAAUGGAAAGACAGAAUAACUGAAGUCCUGGCUAGCUUACCUGCUGAAGUCCCAGCAAUAUACCCUUCCAUUUUCAUAUUUUAAGAAUGUUUAUGAAUACAAGGAAAUGAGGAUUUCACCAGGUUCCACUGUGUUGCAUUGCUGUAUGCCAUCUUUAGUCCCAGUAGACCUCUGUGCCACCACAGUUCAUGCAGUUAAAACAUGCCAUGAAAAACAACCAAUCAGUUGAACUUAUGUAAGGGUGUCUGUGCAUAUGUAAAUGUGCCUGCUGUCAAACUUAGGAUGUUUUAUAAAUGGUUUAUGCUGUGAUAUGUCAGGGAGACUAUUUAUCAGAAGGUCUAAAAUCGUCCUAUCUUUAUUCUGUCAUGAGUGCUUUGCUAGAAUGCUAAGCAUGCAUUCUGCAUUCUGAGGUGAAUGUAGGAAUUGAGAAUGUUGACUUAUUGUGAUGGUGAUGGAGCAGUCUGUCAGAUCACCUUAAUGUAAAAUUUAGCUCUUUUUUUUCCUGAAUGAAGCCUCAUAUGUCUGUGAACCAGUUGAGUGUUUAAAAGAAAUAUAUUGUAUAUCUUCCCUCAGCUUGGGUCUAUCUAAGGAAAACGCACGCCAAUGUUGGUUUAUAGAUUAUAUUGUACCAUGUCAGACUUUUUGUAUUCUAAGGAUGAUUUUAAGCUACUUUUACUUUUCACUACUAAAACUGAUAUUAUGAAAAUAAACAUACAUGCUACCUGGUAAUUUAAUUCACAAUAUAAUGAGAUGAAGUAUAUUGAUAUUAUGAAUUCCGAUAAAAUGUAUAAGCAAUAUGUUAUUUUAGUCAAUAAAACUAAAUGAAAUUAUUUGGGGAAAAAAGCUUUUUUAACAUGAAAACAUUGGAAAUAUAUGUUGCUUCUUUAUUUUGUACUCAAAAUUAAUGAAAUGUUUAAAAAAAAGUUUUAAAAAA